CUCUCAAUUCUCAAUAAACCUCUAUAUAUACCUGCAUUUAGUUCAUGCUGUAGUACUCAAGGCAAGCCUUAAACUACCACUGCCCUAAGUCAAGUAGCUCAUUAUACAAUUACAUCUCAUUUAAGUCGCAUAUUUCUCAAAAGAAAGAAAAUGGAAGCAUUGAGGAGAUUGGCUUCGGAGAAGCCGGUGGUGAUCUUCAGUAAGAGUAAUUGUUGCAUUUCUCAUUCCAUUCAGAUGUUGAUUUCCAGCUUCGGCGCGAAUCCAAUGGUUUACAAUCUUGAUGAGCAUCCACAAGGGAGGCAGAUUGAGAAUGCAUUGCUUGCAUUAGGAUGUAGCCCUACUGUACCCGCAAUCUUCAUUGGGAAGCUGUUUGUUGGUGGUGCCAAUGAGGUUAUGAGCCUUAAUGUUCAAGGGAAGUUGAAGCCAUUACUCAUCAAUUCUAAGGCAAUUUGGAUGUGAUCAUGCAUCCUCACAUAUCAUUUAAGUGAUCCCAAACAAAACCAAAUUUAGUGGUUUUGCUUAUGUUUGUCUUCUUUCUUUUUUGAAAACCACUUUGAGGUGGUGAUGAGGAUAGGUUUAAAAGUUUGAAUCUUGUUUUGUGAGAUUCUACACAAGUAGUUUUUUUUCCCUUAAUUAUUCUCCAUGCAAAUUAUUUUCAAUGGAGAAGAUUUGCGAGUUUGAUGUUGAUGGUUUUGAGCUGAGAUUACCUUUAACUCUUGACUGAUUAGUCAUAUUUUCGAGAAAUAAAUUGUAUUAAUGGUAUAUUACCUUUAACUUUGAG